UUAGUGGGUACUGCUAGAUGGUUUGAUUUUGGCAGAUCGUGGAGGGAAAUGCUAGGGGCCAUCCAGUUCGGAGUGCUGGCUGCUUGUAUUGUGCUGUUUGUGCCGAUGGGAAUGGCGGGCUGGCACUUGAGCAGGAACAAGAUGCUCUUCUUUAGUGGUGCGCUGUUCAUUACUUUGGCGGUAUGCGUCCACUUAACUCCAUAUUUUCCAUCUGUUACUGAUCUUGUGGCAUCUGUUUCGUCUGUGGUUGUGUAUGACAAUCGCAAUUACUGCAUUAAUUUGGUUAACGAUAUCGUCUGGGAGGUUAAGCCGAGGAGUGAUGUGGAAUUGGUUAAUAUGAAUGUUUCUAAAUUGGAUUAUUAUGAGAAGAGGUGGGAUUGGGCCAAAUCCAGGAAAGUGGGUGCUUGCGGGUUUCAGAAAUUGGAUAAAUCUGAUGCUUCGGAUUUGCUCAAUGGUUCUUGGGUUGUUGUGGCGGGUGACUCACAAGCGCGGUUUGUUGCCUUAUCACUGUUGAAUUUGGUUUUGGAUUCUGAUUCAGGGCGGAUGAAUUCCAUUAGAAGUGAUUUGUUUAAGAGGCAUAGUGAUUAUAAUAUUGUGAUUGGUGAAAUAGGCAUGAAGCUGGAUUUUAUCUGGGCACCAUAUGAGAUGAAUUUGACUGAUAUGGUCAUGAGUUUUAAUCAAAGGAGGAAAUACCCUGAUGUUUUGAUGAUGGGAGCUGGCUUGUGGCAUAUGCUGCACGUUACAAAUGCCACUGAUUAUGGUUUUCAUUUAAAAAAUUUGAGGAGUUCGGUGGAGUCUUUGUUACCAUUUUCACCUGAGCUGGGCGCAGAUGGGCCUGUCACUGGUUCUGUGUCCAUCAGGUCGCCACAUUUGUUCUGGAUUGGCAUGCCUAUGUUGAUUAAUGGGAUGUUGAAUACAGAGGAGAAGAAGGAGAAGAUGAAUGAUGAAGUGUGGCAUGUUUAUGACAGAGCACUUGGAGCCAGUAAGCUCUUGCGACAAACUGGUGGUCCCCUUGUUUUGCUGGAUAUACAGUCAUUCACUUGGAAUUGUGGACCUCGUUGUACAGAUGAUGGUAUGCAUUAUGAUAAAGUUGUUUAUGAAGCUGCCAUUCAUAUCAUGCUUAAUGCAUUGCUCAUUGAAUCUCAUCAGACACUCUGAAGGAAAUAUUUUUAACUUUGCUCUUAAAUAUAUGUUCCCUUGCGGUUUUGGAGGUUAGAAAAUGGUUCUUUAGUGGAUUCAAGGCAGGUGAUCCUUGAGUGGGUUGAGUUUCUUCUCCUAAGGGCAUUAUUAAUUCUUGCCUGGUUCUUCUCUUGGCUUCCAGAGAUUUAACUGAUGAAUACAAUUUUUGGUUGGUAGAUGCAAA